UUGCGGUUCACUAGCUUUCCCAUUAAGAUUGUCUGGUCGGUUGUAGCUAUAUCUGCAGUACCUGUAUGUGUACCCAUAGUAACGCCUGGUCCACUACAGCUUUAAUGCAGUAAAACUACAACACGUGGAUUCACAGUUCCGAGCUUGUCACUCACUGCAGAGCCGUAACAACACAUCCAUGAGCCACAGGCCUUAACGGGGAAUACAAUAUGGACCACCUGCCAGAUGACAACUGUCGGUACAAAGAUGUUGACUACUGGGACGAAAGAUACAAGACGGAGAAGUGUUACGACUGGCUGGGCAGCUUCUCCCGAUUCCAGCAUCUUAUAGAAAAACACAUCAAGAAAGAAGACUCCAUUCUGGUACUCGGUUGUGGAAACAGCAGUAUGAGUGGUGACAUGUACAGCGCUGGCUACCGCUCCAUCACCAACAUAGAUUACUCCUCCGUGUGCAUCAGUGCCAUGAGCGCCAGACACAGCGACUGCCCAGGUAUGACCUGGCAUCAAAUGGACGUGCGCCAGCUCUCCUUCCCUGAUGCGUCCUUUGAUGUCAUCCUAGAGAAGGCCACGCUGGAUGCCAUCAUGGUGGAAGAGAAAACCCCCUGGGAGGUGUCCCCUGAGACUGCCGCUUUCAUUCACAAGGCUAUCACAGAGAUCAGCCGCUGCUUGAAACCUGGAGGACUGUUUGUUUCCGUUACCUUUGCCCAGCCUUUCUUCAGGAAACGUCUCUAUGCUCGCGCUGAGUACAACUGGUCUAUUAAACAGUACAGUUACGGUGAAGGCUUUGAAUACUUUGUGUAUGUGAUGACCAAAGGAGAGAAGCUGAGCCCAGAAGAUGCAGCUCUGGAGAAGAAGUUACUGGAGGACAGCAAAUCCCAACCUCCAAGAAUCACCACAACACAGACAGAAGAUAAAGAAGACUUCCUGUCUAAUAUUAACUUGUAAGAUGAGGUAUUUUAGCAACAUGGUUAUAUUUACUGUGUCUAUGGCUGGCAUAAUUAUUUGUUUCAGGCGUCAUGUUAUACAUGAAGUAUGAUCAAGAAAAACAAAGACUUUGCAAGACCUGCAGUUAUUGUGUGAUGUAUUUUUAACUGUGUUCUGGUUCAUGUGAUCAUAUGGACAUCAGUGUUGAAUAAAUACAUUUGUAACACUAUAUAAUGUAUCAUGACAGAGCAAUCCAAUCCAAGAGGUAUUUUUUUGUAUAGAGGAUUGUUUUAUUUGAGGAG